AUGAGUGGUGGUACCACACAUGAAAAAGAUGCACGAGCAAAAUGGAGGAGGUUGAUGGAUAGUUUAAGUGCAGCAGAUGCUAAUUCAGAUGAACGUGAUGAGCUUGCACGAUUUACUGAUUGGAUAGCCAGCAUCGAAGAUGGAACUAUCGAGGGGUCGAACGAUGGAUGUGCAGUGAUAGACAUAGCCGAGGACAUUUUGCUUGAGCCAUCUGAUGAUCUUAUUGCUCAAAUCGUUGAAAGCACAUAUCCAAUGUUGAAGGAGGCACCUGACGAUCCAAGUUAUUUGAAGGAUAGGGCUAUAUUAGCGCUAACGUUGGAUGUGGUCGAGUCUAUCAAUGAGUACAAGACAUCGUUGAAUUUGUUGGAUGGUCGUAUGUACUUGAGCUCUAAUAGUACGUGCAAAUCGGAAUGUAAUAAUGAAUUUUUAGUCUGA